CAUUCCAUCUCUCUUCCUUUCCUUUCCAAAUCCAAAAAAAGCAAAAGUUGGAGAGAGAAAUUAAUACACACUACUGCAAUAAUUCACUCUUCUUUUUAUUGCCAGCUCUGCUUUGCUCUCUCCUCUUCCUCUCUUUCAAUACUUCCAUCAUCACUGCCACCCACACCUCACAAACACCUACUUGGUUCUCCCUCAGUAUUGUGCAACUUCCAUAUAGCUGAGGGUUGGAGUUUUUAAUCCAAAGCUAUUCUAUUUUUCCUUAAGAACAGUGAUAAAGAAGAAUUUCAGAAAAUGUCUAGCUCUGCAAAAGCUCUGGAUCCUGCCUUUCAGGGAGUUGGUCAGAAAGUAGGCACUGAAAUCUGGCGAAUUGAGAAUUUCCUGCCUGUUCCGGUGCCCAAGUCGGACUAUGGAAAAUUCUACUCAGGAGAUAGUUACAUUGUAUUGCAGGUGUGAAAGACUCUUCAUCACUGCCCUUUCUCUGCUCAGUUGUUUUCUCAUAUGUAUUUUUAUUUGAAAAAAAAAUAAAAUUGAAUUUUCUAU